AUGACUCUCUGUAAGGAUUGGAUUUCCAUUAAAGAUUACAUUGGUGAUCCAACAUAUGCCGAGGGAGUUAAUAAUUUUUUAGACUAUGCUUUUCAAAAGUUGAAAACUGAGACAAUUCGUUGUCCUUGUACCAAAUGUAUGAAUGGAGAAUCCGGUGAUCGUGAGAAAGUAAGGGAACAUCUACUUGUUUUUGGAAUAAUCAAAAGAUACACCUUCUGGUAUCAUCAUGGGGAGGGGUUGGAUGAGUCAGAAAUCGUGUCUGACGAGGAUCAUGAUGAGGGAGAAGACCAUGAUGAAAUUUUUGAUAUUCUAAGGGAUUUAUAUCCUGCGUUCAAUGAUGUUAGUCCCUCUGUUGAUGUCAAUGAUGUCGAGGAGCCAAAUGCCGACGUUAAAAGUUUUUAUAACCUAUUGAAGGAUUCACAAGAUCCGGUCUAUGAAGGUGCUAAGAGUUCUACAAUGUCUGCAAUCUUGGAGCUUCUUCAUAUUAAGACUCUUGGUCGUUGGACCAAUGAGUCUUUUAGCAUGCUUCUCAAAUUUUUGAAGAAUCGGCUUUUACCUACAGGGUCAACUUUACCAGAUUCUUACAAAGAGUCAAAAAAGUUCAUGAGAAACCUCGGACUUUCCUAUGAAAAGAUCGAUGCAUGUGUUAAUGAUUGCAUGUUAUAUUGGAAGGAGAAUGAGAAGCUAGAUGCAUGCAAUAUUUGCGGUGCAUCGAGAUGGAAAACAAACAAACACAGUGGGGAAGACAAGUGUAAGUCAAAUGGUAAAAAAAUACCUCACAAGAUAUUACGCUACUUCCCACUAAAACCGAGGCUUCAAAGAUUAUUCAUGUGUUCAAAGACUGCUUCUUUGAUGAGGUGGCAUGAUGGUAAAAAGAAGAAAGAUGGUACGAUGCGACAUCCUGUUGAUGGAGCCGCGUGGGAGUCAUUUGACAAGGAGUUUCCCGAGUUUGCAUCAGAUCCUAGAAAUGUUAGGUUGGGGCUUGCCAGUGAUGGUUUCCAACCCUUUGCAAACUCGAAAACACCUUAUAGUAUUUGGCCUGUAGUACUUAUGCCAUAUAACUUACCUCCAGAUCUUUGUAUGAAGCAGUCUAAUAUACUUCUUUCGAUGCUUAUUCCUUGUCCUAAAGGACCCGGUGAUGCAAUUGACAUAUAUUUGCAACCAUUGAUCGAGGAAUUAAAAGAUCUAUGGGACACUGGUGUCGAGACCUUCGAUGCAGCAACUCAACAUCAUUUUAAUUUACGUGCAGCACUGAUGUGGACAAUUAAUGAUUUUCCAGCAUAUGCCAUGUUGUCAGGAUGGAGUACUAAGGGUUAUUUGGCAUGCCCUCGUUGCCUUAAGGAUACACGAUCAAUGAGACUAUCUCAUGGGGGCAAAGAAUGCUACAUGGAGCAUAGAUGUUAUUUGCCAAAGAACCAUAGAUGGCGGAAGGAUAAGGAUUCAUUUGACGGAAAAGUUGAGCAUGGUCUACCUCCUGAACCUUGUUCAAUUGAUGAAAUUCUUCGUCAACUCGAGGAUCUCGAGAACAUUGUUUUGUCCAAGGAUCCACAUGUGAAGACAAAAAUAAAUCAUGAGCUUAGGGGUGAUAAUUGGAAUAAGAAAAGUAUUUUCUUUGAGCUUCCAUACUGGAGGAAACAUUUGUUACGGCACAAUUUAGAUGUGAUGCAUAUUGAGAAAAAUAUAUGUGAUAGUGUUCUUGGGACAAUUAUGAACAUCAAAGGGAAGACUAAAGACACUAUAAAAUCACGUCAUGACUUGGAAGCUAUGGGGAUAAGGCCCACAUUGCACCCAGUCAAAGAAGGGGACAAAUAUAAGAUGCCUCCAGCACCGUUUACUUUUUCUCCUGCCGAGAAGCAAAGAUUUUGUAAUUUUUUGAAAGAGUUAAAAGUACCUGACGGUUUUUCAUCGAAUAUAUCUUACUGUGUCAACACUAAGGAAGGAAAAAUUUCAGGUUUAAAGAGCCAUGAUUGCCAUGUAAUACUCGAACAUCUUCUUCCUUUGGCAAUACGUGGUCUACUCACUCCACUUGUACGCGAAGCACUGAUUGAGCUAUCAAGGUACUUUACCUUAUUAUGUGCUAAAGUACUUAAAGUGAGUGAAUUGAAGCAACUAGAGACCCAAAUUCCUAUCACUCUCUGCAAAUUAGAGAAGGUUUUUCCUCCCUCGUUCUUUGAUGUAAUGAUGCAUUUGCCAAUUCAUUUAGCCGAUGAAGCUAUGAUCGGAGGUCCUGUUCAGUUCAGAUGGAUGUAUCCUAUUGAACAAUAUAUGUAUAAGCUUAAAUCUUAUGUACGAAAUAGGGCUCAUCCAGAAGCUUCAAUUGCGGAGGGCUAUUUAGCAGAUGAGUGUAUGACCCUUUGCUCAAGGUAUAUGCAUAAUAUAGAAACAAGAUUUAAUCGCCAGGAACGAAAUUAUGAAAAUGCAAACGGCAGUGAUGAAGCCUUGGAUAUUUUCAGCCAUUCUGGUAGAGGUUUAGGAGCUCCAACUGUUAUAAGUGUUCCCAGGCGUGAAAUGGAUCAAGCUCACGAUUACAUUUUGAAGAACUGCGACGAGGUUCAACCUUUCCUACAAGAGUAUUCUGAAACUCAUCCAAUAGAUGAUUCUGGGAUCACCGAAGAGGAAUGGAGCGAGAAUUUUAGAAAAUGGUUUAAGGAUGAAGUUGCGCUCUUAUAUGAGAAUAAUAAGAGCAAGGAAAUGGAAAAUCUCCUCUCACUUUCACGUGGACCAACUGAAUAUGUAACAUCUUUUAGUGGUUAUGUUGUAAAUGGAUACAGAUUUCGUACACAAAACCGUGAUAAGAAUUUGAGAACACAAAAUAGUGGCGUGGUUGUCUUAGGAAAUACGGGUGAUGGAGAUGAGAACAUGGAUUAUUAUGGAGUUGUAACAGAAAUUGUAGAGAUACAAUAUCUCGGAGGAAACCGGAUUGUGCUAUUUCGGUGUAACUGGUGGGAUGUAUUUGAUAAGGUAAGAGGAAUCAAAGAAGAUGAAUAUGGAACCAUUAGUAUUAAUUGCAAUAGGCAAUUAAAAACUGAUGAACCAUUUAUCUUAGCUAGUCAGGCAAGACAAGCUUUUUAUGCCACUGAUAACAUUAACAAAGGUUGGGUUAUUGCAUCCAAGACUCAACCGCGCAACUUGUUAGAUGAUGACAAUGAUGUUGAUGAGCAAAGUGAAGCAUACCAACAGAGUGAAUUUGAUAGACCAACAUAUGUUGCAUCUUCCUCUACAAGUGGAGGAAAUAAUGGGAAGAAGCCGAGUUUGGUUGAUGUAUUCUACUCCACUCGAAAGAAAGGAACUCAGCUUCCAAAUGCGGAGACAACGCAAAAAUAUGAAGAACUUCGGGAAAAAAUGGCAAAGGAUCCAUCACUUUCUCAAGUCGAGGUAGUACAACAAGUUUUUAAAUCAAAAUCUCGAGAUAGGGUUGUAGGUUUUGGAGGAGGAAUAAAGCUUAAAGAUGUAAGGGGACCACAACCCAGUAGAGUAGAGCUUCAAACUAAAUUGAAUGCUGCCAACAAACAUAAUGAAGUUCUUGCAAAUCGCGUGGAGGAAGUACAAGCCGAGAACAAUGAAAUGAAGGAACGUGUUAGCUUGGUUGAGUCUAGAAUGAAAAUGUUUCAAGAUGCAUUGGUGUCGCAACUUAAUGUUACUAUUCCAACUUCACAAGCAGGAUCAGAAAUGCAAGAAUAG